CCGGACGACCAUGGGAUAGCUGUUGCAAAUUUUCCUCUUCCCUCAACCUCCGGUGGAUACACACGUGGGGUUUUGAUAUCACUGAUUUUGGAUCUUGUCAAAGCUGUUGGCAUUGUGUUUGCACUCUCCUUCAUCUCCUCCUCCUUCUCCACCUUCGUAAUUCGUGAGCGACAAUGCGGCUUCAUGGCAAUGCAACUGCUGGCUGGACAGAGUCGAGUGGUCUAUUGGGGCAUGUCCUAUCUGUGGGAUUUCGUCUCCAUCAUCGUCCCCAUCACCAUCAUCGUAAUUGUCUUUGUUAUCUUUAAUGAACAGGCCUACAUUGGAAGAGAUCAUGUUGGAGCCUUUAUCGUCCUCAUGCUAAUCUACGGUCUUGCAAUCACUCCUCUGAUGUACUGCUUCACAUUUGCCUUUCAUGUUCCAUCGGUGGCGUUUGUUACCUUACUUGCAAUUAACAUAAUAAUUGCUACGAUUACAGCUGUGAUAUAUCACAUGCUUGACCUCAUAUCCUAUGAGAAUCCCAGUGUUGAAGUAGCUGUUCAAGUGUUGGACAAAGUUUUCCUCAUCUUUCCUCAAUUCGCUUUCUGUCGGGGGUUGUAUGAGUUGGCCAAGCGCUACACCAUUCGUCAACAGGGAUUGGAGCAUCUCAUUGAUGCCUACGGCAUCUUUGACUGGCGUGCAUUGACAGAAAAACUUGUUGCAAUGCUAAUUGAAGCGGUAGUCUUCUCGGGCCUGGUUCUACUCAUCUCUUACACCAGUGGAACCGGCAUAUGCGAGAAAUGUUGGAGGCGUUUGAAGAAGACGCGGAUAACCAUGGCAAGCGGUCUCGAUGAUGACCCCAGAUCAACAAUCAGCGACGAUGUCAUGGAGGAGAUUAAACGUGUUGAAAAUGUAAGUCCACUAAUUUACUUACCCAGUCUGUAA